AUGGUUUCCUUUUACAGGUUAAAUAUCAACACCACUUCAAUAGAAGGCUCCCGAGUGUCCAGUUGCCAGAAGUAUGAAGCGUGUAAAGCCCCUAUAACAAAGGUGGUAUUCUUGAAGACAUACAAGACAGGGAGUACAACAGUUUCAUCAAUAUUAAUACGUUUUGGACUCAGUCACAACCUGUCGUUUGUCAUUCCCGCACACCAUAAUCCAGGUUAUUUCUCGAGAACAGAACGCUUCAACAGUGAAAUGCAAAAACACCUGUCCCCACCACUUCCAGGCUCCCGAUACAGUAUGUUAGUUAGCCAUGUUCCAUUCAACAAAACGGCAAUCAACAACGUGAUUCCAAAUGCUACGUUUAUAACAAUAUUACGUCAUCCUGUAGCUGCAUAUGAGUCUAUUUUUGGAUUUUUUAAAAUUCCUCGCAUUCUUCACAUACAUUACGCUGCCAAUGAAGAUCCAUUCAAAAUGUUUCUGUCAGAUACAGACAUGUAUGUUAAACUUACUAAGAAUCCAUACUACAUGACAUUACUGAAAAAUAGACAAAUGUUUGACAUCGGACUUGAACCUAAAAACUAUGACAAUGAAACACUCGUGGAUCACGUGAUACAACAAGCAGCAAAGGAUUUUGAUUUGGUGAUGAUUGCUGAGUAUUUUGAUGAAUCUCUAAUUUUGUUGAAGCAGCUUUUAUGCUGGGAAUUUGGAGACAUUUUAUAUGUACAUCAGAAUACGAGAAGCGACAAACUACGAUUUAAAAUUGACGACUGGAAACGACAACGAAUAUUAGAAAUAAACAGCGCUGAUUAUAAACUGUAUCAACACUUCAACGAAACAUUCUGGCAUAAGGUUAAGGCGUACGGUGAUAAUUUUUAUGAAGACUUGAAGAUAUUUCGAGAUAUGUUACAGAAAGUGCUUUUGGAGUGUUUAGAUAAAGGAAGGUACGUCAUUGACUAUGCAAAUCGCAGAAAUAGGACACUUUUGAAAGACGGCGCACCGAGAUACUGCACCCAGAUAGACCGCUCUGGCUUUGGUGAAAUUGCUGCCAGACAACACGUACAAACACCUGAAAAUAAUACACAUGUUUGA